AUGGCUGUUCAAACUACAGGUUUUAAGACCUUUCAAAAACAAUUGGACCUAGAAUUGCAUUCAUUGUCUUCCGAAUCUAAAAGAAGGAACACUUCUAUCAAGCAUGCAAGUGACAAGUCUAUCGAGAUCUUAAAAACUAUCCAAAACAUUGAAGAUUUGGCAAGCCAUCCUGAUUUUGUCACUCCAUUGGUAGAAUCAUGUCUAUCAAGGAACGCUAAGUUGACCUCGAUUGCUAUGCAAUGUUUACAGGGCUUAGCAUCUGCACCAUCCAUACCUGAAAGCAGACUAUCUGGAGUUCUCGAUGGAUUUAUAGAAGCGACACAUCUUGCAAUUGAAAUACAACUAAAGGUUCUACAAAUUGUACCAUUGUUCUUUAAGACAUACGCUAAAUAUAUUAAAGGUCCCCUAUGUGGUAAAUUACUCCAAUGUUGCUCCAACCUCCUUCAAUUGCCUAACAAGGCUCCAGUUGUAUUUGGUACUGCAAGUGCUACCCUUCAACAAUUGAUUGAUGAAAUAUUCGAACGUCUGACCUAUAAUUGGGAUACCUCUGAUUCUGAAACCUUUGAUGUUCUAAUUAAUAAUAAUGAAUCGAUAAAAGUUAAUGCCUAUCAUUAUGAUGCAAACCGAUUGUUCAAUGACCUGUGUUCUCUUCUUGAAGCUGUACCAUCUUCUGGUUCAUCGGAUACUAAUGAGAAAAAUGUAUUGCUUAAUCUAAAUGACAUUCAAAUAGAUUAUGGACUAGAAAUUCUGGAAUCUGUUCUGAAGAAUAGUAAAUCACUGUUUAUAACAAAUCCAGAUUUAAAAUUCUUAUUGAGAAUAAAGGCAAUUCCAUUGCUAUUGCGUUGUAUAUCAUCGUCGAAGGUGUUCUCAACGAUAUUUAGAAGUACGCGUUGUAUUAAAUUAUUAAUAACAAAGGAAUACAUCCCAAUAUUAGAAUUGGAAUUAGAAGUUAUUUUAUCUCUAUUAAUUCAUGGGAUCUCAACCGACUCAAACUUAUCACCGUGGCAGCGUGUCCUUUCUCUAGAACUAUUCAAAAGUUUAUCAGAAGAUUUCGAAAUAAUAUACUCCAUUUACAUGACAUAUGAUAACUUCCAGGAUAAGAAACAUAUCAUUACAGACCUUUUACAAGCGUGUUUCAAGUUAAUGAAGUCUGAUGAAUUUAACGUAUAUUUGGCUCUAUCAGAUGUAAUCCAAAAGACAGAAGCAUCAUUAAUCUCAAGUGACAACUCCAAAGUAAAGACAAAAUAUAUAGAUAUGCUUGAUAAAGUCCACCCACCUCCUGUUAAUUUGACAUAUAUUAUAUGGUUAGUUCUAAACAUCUCAAACAACUGUUCUGAUGGAUUAAGCGAAUAUGCAUUAGAUGCAACACAAGUAAAAUCAGCUAAUAAUGCUGAAAAGGAAGAGGAUUCUCCAAAAGGAAAGAUUUUGAAGGUUUACAAUGGACUUUUUGAAAGCCUAUUUGAAAUACAUGUAUUGUUUUUAUAUUCAUCGUCGUUGGAUUCGCAUCUAUUUCAUUCCCUAGUGAGAGCAUUCCAAAAAUUAACACAUGGCACAGGGUUCCUACUACUUUCUGAAAAACUCGACAAAUGUCUACACAUAUUCACGGUAGCCAUUGUUGAUAAUGUCUCGAAAUUACAACCAAAUACGCAACCAAAAGGGCAUAAACGAAAUUCAAGCACGACAUCAACAAUUUCGAAAAGUACUGUCUUCAAUGCGAUAAGUGAAUCUUUAAUCGGCCAAACCAACACUCAAAAAGAUAACACAUUACAACCUUCCGAGAGGAAGCUACUGCAUUCAAGAUCACUAAAUUCAAAGCAAAUAAGUAUAUUUAGAGCGUUACUAUCCCUAUCAAUUUCAUUAGGCUCAGGUUUUAGAAUCGAAAGUUGGCAAUAUCUCUUCCUAACGUGGCAAUGGGUUUCCUAUUAUAUUUAUGGACCAUCGGCAGAUUUUAUGGAAACUUCCUAUUCUCAUGAUAUCCCCCCUAUGCCAACAAUAUCCAAGAUGGACAUAAAUUCAAUCGAGACUAGUAUAACGAAGCUAUUUGAAAGUACACGUACAUACACAUACAGUUCCUACAACACUGUUUUAAAAAGUUUAAUGAUAGAUUGUAAAGAUACUCUAUCACUUACACAUGGCACGGAUACUGAUAAAGGAUAUCACCCAAUUACUCCAACAGGUGCUGUCUCACAUUGCGUGUAUAAUAGGGGUUUCUUCAUAACUCAAAUUGGUGAACUUGCAUCAUUUAACUUCUCAAGAUUUUUGAUCCAAAAUGAAAACAAAAACAAAGACCUGUGGAAUGCCACAAUGAAAUUUUUUGUGGCUCUAAUCGCCGACCGUAGCAUUUCCAGUACAUCUCUUCGAUUGUAUGUUACGAGAAUAUUUACAGACAUUAUUAAAAAAGUUACCAAUGAUAUUGGUAGUAUGGAGGAUCAGGAUUCAAGAUCCGCACACUUCACUAUUCUUGAAGACUUAGUUACAAAUACUUUGAUGGAAACGAUAGAUUCGAUUAAACAACUGGAAAUCACAAAAACUGAAAUAUACGACGGAACGAUCAAUGUUGAAUCAGAAAUCCUUUUCCAAUUAUUAUCUACACUAAAAGAUAUCUUAAAUGAAUUUGGAGAUUUAUUGACACAUUCCUGGGCAACAGUUUUCAAAACUAUCAACGCACCAUUUGAAUGGGUCGUAGAUGAGGAUUUGAUUUCCAAAUAUGGAAAGGAGGAUGAUUCUUCGUUAGUCGAGGGCAUUAUCCAAAAACAUAAAGAUAUGAUUCAAGUUUCUUAUGAUGUUUUCAAACUAAUCUCAGAUGACUUUCUCCAGUCUUUACCUCUUGAAGUGAUUAAAUGCGUUAUCGAUACUUUGGUCAAUUUUGUUGGUCAGGAGGAUAACUUAAAUAUAUCAUUUUCAUCUAUUAGUCAAUUCUGGUUAGUAGGAGAUUAUCUUAGAGUGAGGUUUAACUCUGAGGUUCAAUUUGAUCAGGGAAAAGCGGAGGAGAGCAAGUUCCAGGAAAUUAUCAAAGACAAGAGACUUACAGAGGUGAUAACGUCAUAUACUGCCACUCCAUGGGAGAUAUACAAUGGACUGUGGCUAUACCUAUUGAAGAGUUUAAUUUCCUGUACACAGGAUAAGAGAACUGAGGUGAAAAAUGGGACUAUUCAGACCUUUUUUAGAAUUGUUGAUUCUCAUGCAAGCUGUUUUCCGACAUGGGAUCUAAUAUUUUUUGAAGUAUUAAAACCAUUUUUGGAUGGGGUUAGCUUACAAGGCAAUGAUGAACAAAUUGCGGAUUUUGCUGACCUGACAUUGAAGGGCCUCGUUAAUUUAUAUCCUGCAUAUUUCAAUGACUUUGGAUCCUCCCCGAAUGUUGAAGAGGCUUGGAAAGACUUGUUGAAUUUUAUUCAAAAAUUAUUGUCCUCUUCGACUGUUGAUAUCAAUUUUGUAACCAUAACAAACUAUCAUAAUUUAUUGAAGGAAAUGUGGAACAUACCUGAGGUUCCUGAACCAAUUUGGAAAAUGUGCCACAAUAUUUGGUGCGGCUAUAACAUUACAUAUAGCGAUUUAGCAGGCCCCACUAAAGAAUUCAAAACCAAAACCGAAUAUGAUUGUAUAUGUGAGCUCAUCAUUUUAUUUCCCGAUCUUUACAAGCUUGUUUCCAAGUACAAUGGAAUUACAGAGGAUUUUACCGAACGAUCAUUUAUUCUCUUUAAUUCAGCCUCCAGAUACCCAUUGCUUCCUGAAUAUGUGCAAGACAAGACUAAACUGCCAACAUUACACAAGGAAAUUUUAAAUGGCUUAAAAACAUUUGGGACGAAAGAAAAUAAGGAAAUCACACUUUUGAUUCUGCACCAACUAAGUACCUUUUCUGUCCUUUGCUUUGAUGUACGAGAAAAGAUUGAGAAAAAGUUGCUACCAAAGAUUCAAGAUUCAUCGAGAACGCGAAUCCCUACUUUCAAGGCAAUCAGUUACUAUUCUAUCGAAGCUUUCUUAGAGCUCCUGGAUACUAUGGAGAAGACGGGAAUACCCCUAGAUAAAACCACUCGUAUUUUAAGGACAUUGAAGAACCUUGCAGAUAUAAUAAGAAGAAAAACUUUGAUUGAUCUUAGUGCUACAAAGUCAUCGCCAAUUUGGGUUCUAGCAUCUCAUUGUUUUUGGAGAUUCACAGCACAGUUAUUCAAGUUGAUUUCGCGUGAUGACAUUACCCAAAAAUUUAAACAAGAUGUCUGCGAAAUCUUUAUUGUUGUAACUGUUUCACUUUUGUCAAAACUCAAUCCUGAAGCAGAUUCUAUGACUGAACAAGAUGAUAUUCUAGAAUAUAAAAAAUAUCGUGAUCUUUUACUUUCACCUGAAAUAUUAACUAUGUUUAGUGAAGAACAGUUAGAGUAUUUGGUGUCGAAUAUUUGGUCGAAUUCGUUUAUUUAUGAGACAGACGAAUUUGAGAAUGCACUUUUACAUAGUGGCCAAACAUUGUCAGACGUUUCGAAGACUCUUUCAGAAUUUGAAUUUGACGAAAUAUUUGGUUCCACAAUUCAACCUCCUCUGAUGUCAAAAUAUAACUGCUCGCUGUUAUGUCUAGGAGAUUUGAUAAGUUUUGUUCUAAUGAGAACCGAAGAAUGUGAAAUGUUGCACAAUAUUGCAGUACCCUUUUUAGUAGCUAGGGUUGCUUUAGUACUAAGACGUUUUAUCUCUGAUGAAUUUUUAAUUAAUAGAACUCCAAUUCCAAAGUUACGAAAGACAGAAUUAAAGACCUUACUGGAUGGAUUGUGCAAAAUUAUGAACCUUCUUGGAGAACAAAACAUUCAAUAUAAGGGAAAAGAUAUACUAGUAAACUUGAGGCUCUUGUAUCCACUGAUAUUAAAAACAAUUCCAGUGUCACAUAAGGUGGAAGGCAUUCAGAAUGAUGUUCUUCAAUUAUCUUUGGGUUUUACAAAACUUGUUACCGAAUGA